AUGUGGGGUCCAAUUUUAAGAAGCCUAAUAAUGACAUAUGGGGUGAAAUAUGCAAAAACAUUCAUAGUAGCCACUGUUAGAGCUUUAGAAAGUAAGAUUUAUUUAGAAUCUGGGUAUCAGCCACAAAAAAUAUUUGAAGAAAUGCUAUCAAAAACAUCAGCCUCUAAAAUUAACUUUCAGAAUCCAAUGACAAGAGAAGAAGCUUUGAAAAUUCUUAAUAUAAAGAGCAAUCCGACCAAGGCAGAAAUUGAAGAAAGCUUCAGCAGACUGUAUGAGAAAAAUAAUCCAGAAAAAGGAGGCUCACUUUAUUUACAAUGCAAAGCUAUGGGAGCAAAAGAUCAUUUGAUUAGUAAAAAGAAUUAA